CACUCGUACUUUGCUAACGAUACGACCAACGCGCUUCCAAACUUAUAAUUCGAAUUUUCAAAAUACGACGCGUUCGGAAUGACAGUUUGAUUUUUUAAAUCAUGUGGCUUUGGUUCGUUUUUGUCGCCGCGGCUGCGGUGCUGUCGGGCGUCGAGAGCGCAGGCGCCGGCGCCGCCCGCCUUGUCUGUUAUGUGGAAAGCGCGCGCGCGACCGACGGAUUUUCCGAGUGCACACAUCUCGUUUACGCGGGCGACGCGAGAGGAGAUAAACUCGACGCUUUGCUGAAGGAAUACAAGAAAAGCAACCCCCGGCUGAAAAUUAUAUUGAGAAUCUCGGAGGUUGACAAGGAUCUUCGCAGCCUUCUUAAGUCGAAGCACGUACAAGGACUUGAGAUCUACGAUGCUCACAAGUCUCUCAACAGGACUAAGGUCCUGGAGACAGUCGAGGCAGCUCGUACUGCCAUCAGCUCCUCAGGAGGUGGCCCAUUAUUCAUGGCACUCCCUGCCCACCCUGAACUCUUGGCUAAGUACUACGACCUGAGAACGCUGGUGAAGAAGGUGGAUCUUCUGAUGGUGCAAACCCAUGCUUUGGGUUUGGUGAAGAAGAUGACCUACCAUCCUAGUAGACUGAGCGGCAUGUGGGACAUGAUGAACACUGACUCCGUAGUAGACCUCGUCAUCGGUCUCGGCGUGCCAUCGUCAAAGAUUGUCAUAAGUUUGCCAGCGACUGCUCGUCAGUUCACCCUGGUCAACGAAACCCUCAGUACUCCUGGCAGCCCCACAGAAGAUGAUGACCCUAAGGAAAUCGACCAAGCUGAACUCUGUAGGCAGCUCAGAUCAGGACGGUGGACCUUGGAACGAGACCAGGAUUUGUCAGCGCCUUAUGCUUUUAAGAACAAAACCUGGAUCUCCUUCGAGGACUCCUCCUCAAUUGACGUGAAGGGCAAGUACGCCAGGGUCCGUGGCCUGGCUGGCCUGGCCCUGCACCAAGCUGAACGUGACGUGGAGUCAGCUUGUGGUCCCACUCUCAGAGCCUCACUCGCCAAGGUUCUCAACCAGCAGAGUCGAGCGCCCAGGGCUGCUGUACUAAGGUCAUUAGAACACGAGAUCCUGUCAGCUCCUGGUCAUGUUCGCGCUCUGGACGCUCUGCAGGUUUCGCCCUACAGAAUCACACAGGUCGUCGACUCUGACGGUGUCAUACACUCCAUUAGAGAGGACACUCGCACUGAGUUCACUUGCUCUCGCCAAGGAUACUUCGUGCAUCCUCGCUCCUGCGCCCGCUUCUACCGCUGCGUCAAGUUUGAUCAGCUUUCACCCGAAUAUACAGUGUUCGAAUUCGACUGUCCCGCGGGAUUGGCUUUCGACAACCGCUACGAGGUGUGUGUAUGGCCAGGCAGCCUGCCACACUCACAAGCCUGCCCUGGAUCCUCUGAGAUUGCUCCCGUACCAAAGACCAGAUUCAUCUGUCCUGAGCAUGAAGGUUACUACGCUGACCCUGAGAACUGCCGCUGGUUCUUCGCGUGCCUGGAUCAUGGAAAGUCUCCCCUAACAGCAUACGAGUUCCGUUGUCCUUUCGGUCUCGGAUUCGACGCCGAGCGACUGAAGUGUGACUGGCCGUGGUUAGUACCAGCCUGCGGUAACAUCGCCAGAUAUGAGGCUGAGACGUAUGGGUUCUCUGCUGCUACUCUUACUGGUGCAGCAGGCUAUCACGGUCAAACCGCAGAUGCUAUUAACGUAGCCGCCCACCAGAGCCUCAUAUCCGGCGCAUCUCUCAACAACCAUGUCGGCAUCCAAGGAGGAUUCCUCACCAGUGACGACGCAUUGAACUCUAACUUCAUCGCUUCUCAAGAACUAGCUAACGCUGGACAUUCUUACGAAAUAGGACAUGGUUCUGCUCAUAUAGACAAUGGCUUAUCUUACCAAGUAGGUGACGCUGGAUUUACCCAUGCCGGUUUGGUCCAACCGACUCAAUAUAGAGAACAACCUCAAUAUUCCAGUGGUUCCAUUAUCUUGGAUGACUACAGACUACCUACUAAAGAGGAAUCUCAAAGGCAAGCUGCUCAUAAAAUUAACAUUCAUCAGAAUAUUAAUUCUGAAAAUGGAUAUCAGCAAUCAGGACAAACUUCUGGCUAUUCCACCCAGACCGGACACAGCACUGGAUAUGCAACUCAUGGUUCCGGUCAUGAUGCGGGAUACACCGUCCAGGCUGGAGGAAAUACUGCUCAAUACAAUGGAUACACGAGCUCCUAUGCCACAGGAAACACUAAAAAGUACCAAAGUUCAAGUUACGAUGACAAUAAUUCAGGAGCUUACAUUCAUGAUCCUUCAGGAGACUACGCGGAGCCCUACAGACACAUUGACUCACCUGUUGAACCCUACGUCCAUGAAGAUGCUGCUUACAAACAGUCUGGAGAUUAUUAUGAUUAUGGAAAAUAUGCAGGAUCAUCUCAAAGCGGUUAUGAAGGUAAAUACACUGAAGAUAACACUGGAAAAUAUGUUCAGGAUAAUUCUGGAGCAUACGUGGAAGCAAAUAUUGGAAGUGGUAACAAAGGAGGCUAUUCGUCUGGGUACUCUAUUGGUUAUAACGCUGAUAACUCUGGAGCAUACAAACACGACAAUUCUGGACAAUAUGAAGCUGGAGUAUACAGAGCGGAUGGCCACAUCGGUGAAGGUAAAGCUACGAAUCAAUUUAAUUUCCAACAAUACCACGGAUACAGCGAAGCGAAUGCUGGAAACUACAUCAGUGACUCUAAGGCUUACACUGGUUUAUCUCACACUUUAACCGCAGGAGCUAUCAAUGUUGGAUUAGUUGGUAAGACAACACUGAUCGACGCUGAUUAUAACGACCAAGUGAAUUACUAUGCAACGGAUUCUAAAACCUCAGGUGAAGGCAACUAUCAAGGAUCAAAAUCUUACAGUCACUCUACGCAAACAUUACACCCGGCUCAUGUUUCAUUGGUGUCUCAACCAGCUGUUGCCAUAAACCAUGUUGGCACUGAUGGUAACAACCUUGACGGAUACAGCUACGUGACAACUCCAACUUCUUCUGGAGUCCCAACCACUGCCACUCCAUUCGCAGUUACAACAUCGAUCCCAACGGUGACGUAUAAAACUACCUUCGUUCCCGAAGCUCCUAAGACAAGCGUUAAGCAAAUAUUUGGUGUUUCUCAACCAUCUGUAACCUAUGUGCAGCCAACAGCGAUCGCUGUCAAACAAGUCACUCCUCAGGUAAUUGUUACUGAUCACAAUCAAGGUGUAAACUUCCAACAUGAAAGCAAAGAUUACUCGGGCAGUUACAACAGUGAAACGAAAGUUGAUUCUGGUUACGAAUAUUCUAAACCUAGCAUUAAGUUUGAAGAUGGUAUCUCCUACACUACUGCAGCGCCAGCUAUUUCUGUAUCUACGUACCAACCCGAAAGUGUUAGCCAUAAUAAACAAACCGUUCAUAAUGUUGAAUCUGUCGGCUUUGGUUAUUCCACUCCUACACCCGUUUAUGAAGAGCCUUUCAAGAAGGUCGUAGCUUAUACAACUGGACCAUCAGUAUCUACAUAUUCUCAACCAACUGCUGCCACGUACACCCCGCAGUCGUUCAGUCAUCAGACUAUCCAUAAAGUAGAAGCUAGCAAAGUUUAUACUCCCUCUGUUGAAUCUGCAUCAAUUGAAACUGGUUAUGACUACUCAAAAUCUGGAGUCACUUUCGAGGAACCUAAAGUGGUUCAGUACACGACAGCACAACCGGCACUGGCAGUUCAGCCUAUUGUAUCAACGUACCAGCCACAAGUUAUUAGUCACCAAACUCUUCACAAAGUGGACGCAAACCUUGUCAACACCUACUCUGGAGAAUCUUCGUCAGGAAUAUCAGGAUACACUUACGAGCAACCUUCUAUUAAAUUUGAGGAAGUAAAUAACGUGUACUCAACUCCUGCACCGAUCGUCUCUUCAACAUACAGUCCUAAGGUAUUCAGUCACCAGACUAUCCACAAAGAAACUAAUCAGUAUGUGCCAGUGUCAACCACACCUAAGUAUGAAGUUAGCUACCAAUCGACUCCAGUCACAGUUUACGAAAACCCGAUCAUCAAAUAUACGCAGAAGGCAACACCUGUUGCUUUCGUCGAACCUGCUUAUAAAUCUCAAUCAUUCAGCCAGCAAACAAUAUACAAGGUGGAAGACAACAAAUCUUACAACAUCGAUUCGGGAUAUGAAUACUCUAAGCCUGCAGUAGCUGUGAAUGAACAAGUUCGUUACACCACAGUGAAACCUUCCGUUUCAACCUACGAACCUCAAGAAUUCGGUCAAACCUUGCACACCGUCGAUGUUAGUCAAGUUCAGACAUACAACCAAGGAGAUGGUUACGUGUACAACAAGCCCGCUGUGAAAUUCGUGGAGGAACCUAAAGCUGUAUUCCAAUACUCUACUCCAUCGCCAAUUGUGUCUUCUACAUACAGACCACAGACGUAUAGUCAUCAAACUAUUCAUAAGGUGGAAAGCCAAAACUAUGUUCCAGUUUCUUCCACACCUGCUCCUAAAGUUGAAUUAUCUUACCAACAAGCCGUUUCAACAUAUGAAAAUCCAAUUCUUAAGUAUACACAGAAGGAGACUCCAGUAACGUACGUACAGCCCACAGCGGCAGUGUAUACGCAGACGUACAAGCCAGUCAUUCAGCAACACGAAGUGAAACACAUUGUCAGCCAGCCUGUACAAUACGAACAACAGCAGGUACACUUCAGUCAAGAAGGAUAUUCGUAUAGCCAGCCCGAAAUCCAAAGAAACAUCGAGUCCAAGGGUUAUUCUGACGCGAGUGCAGUAUCUCACCAAGUCUAUCAUCAAUCCAAUGUAAACCACAAUUACAAUUCUGGUAAAGAUAUUGUACAUGUGACGACUUCACCUGCGACUCUUAUCUACGAGAAUCAUUACGCUGAUAUUGAGUCACCAAAAGUAGAAACGUAUCAGGCUCCUGAGUACAUUCCACCAAAGAAUGGCUACAAAUCUUACUCAGUUUCUACCGCUUCAGCACCUGUUGUCCAUCAGAGCUCUAUCAUUCAUCAAACUCAAGGAUACGUAGCUCCUAAAGUAGAAUACCAAUCAUACUCCAUUGGAUCGACAGCCUCCACACCCACCGUUCAACAGAACUCAGUUGUUCACUCGGGUCAGGAGUAUGACACUUCAAAGACGAAUUACAAAUCUUAUUCUGUCAGUUCAACUGCAUCAGCCCCAGUUGUUCACCAAAGCUCUGUAAUUCACAAAGCUCAAGAAUACGUAUCUCCUCAGACUUAUUCUGUAUCUACAGAGUCAACUCCGAUUGAUCAACAAAGCGCUGUCUUCUACCAAAGUCAAGACAACUACGAUUACUCACAACAGUACGAAAGUGCUCAAGAUAUAGUGCCAGCAGUACACCAACAUUCUUUCAGCACAUCUCAUAUUGAACAGCCACAGAAAGUAGAGUCCAUUCACAUUUCCUUCCCUAGCUCCACGGUUUCACCCGCCUAUCAGCAGGUUGAAUAUCAAGCUCCUGAGAUCCAAGUAGUCUCAAAGGGUGAAGAAUAUUUACCUCCCGUAGUAUCUACAAGCGCACCUGUUGUAAAAUCGACUUACAGACCUAGAACUUACUCCACUGUUUCUACAACUCGGGAGUAUCUGCCACCAGCAGAACCCAAAUAUGAAUACCUGCCACCUUCUACCACUGCUAGACCCAUCAUCAAGUCCACUACACCAGCCUACAGAGCAGAAUCUACGACAUCUUACAAAGCUUCAGAAUAUUUACCUCCUGUAGAGAAUACUGAAUCUAAACUAGUUAAUUUCGAAAGUUUUGGUUUCAAUGAGGCGAGUGCUGACUCAAAGAUUCAAUACAAUCCAUAUCAAGAAAUUUCUAUAUCCCAUAAUGCUGCUCCUGUAGAAAGAAAACAUAACAUCGUGGUAGAAACAGCUAAGUCUCAUUUACUUGGUUUCGGGACAGUCGGGCCUGACGCUGGGUUAGUGUCCCCAGUUACUUAUACGACAUCUGCUCCAGUUGUGUCCUCUACAUAUAAACAGAGAGUAAAAUCAACAGCUAGGCCGGCGUAUAAAUACAGCACCACCACUGAGUACCAGGCUCCAGAAUACUUGCCACCUUCAGAUGAUUCGGAAUCUGAAGUCAACUAUGAAAGUUUCAAAUACAACGAACAACAAUCUGAUAUUAAAUUCAAUCCAUAUCAAGAAGUUACUGUGUCAUCCACCUCAGCUCCAGUUCAAAGGAAACAAAACAUUGUGAUUCAAACAGCUAAAUCACAACAACAAGGAUUCGGCACGGUAGGCUCUGAUGCUGGACUCGUUGCUCCUGUCUCAUACACAACCUCGGCACCAAUUGUUGUAUCCAGCACCGAAUCUUACUCGUACUCGCCGAAGACAGUUACGUCUACAUACGCCCCCAUUGAGCAAGGUUUAUUCGAAGUUGUAUCGCCCGCAUUACCCGCAAGAAGAACAAAACCUAAAGUAGCCGUUGUAACAAAAAUCAAUGAUUUCAACCCCUUCCUCGUCCGUAAACUAGGAGCUGUGUGUAGCUGCCAGUCCCCAGUUUUAAUAUUGAAAGGAAAGAGGCCAACUCAGGCUCCUCAGGAUCUUGGUGACUACAAUGACUACGAAAGUGCUCAACGCGGAGAUAUUGGCGAAGAAGGUUACGGUGACAGAUAUAGUAAAUUACAAUCACAAGUAGAUGCGGUUGCCACCGCCGCUCCAAUUGUAUCCUCCACGUUUAACCCCAUAAUUGUUCCCGAUGAUUCCUUCUAUCAAGACUAUCAGGAGCAGAGCGGAUAUAAUGUAGCUGUUACGCCUAAGCCUAAGACAGUAUAUUCUGAAAAUUAUGUAUCAAGUACACCCACCGUGGUUUCGUCCACAGAAAAGUAUAUUAGAGUUAGACCUCGCGUUAAGGCUGUUACUGUUGCUCCAACAUACAAAACUGUGUUGUUGAAUCAAGAAGUUACACCAACUAUAAUUGCUAAAGACGAAUCUAUUUCUGGAUCUGCGAUCGAUUCUCAAGCCUUUGACCGAUACGGUCCUGGUGGAUGGCGAAGCAGAGACGAGACGUUGCAAGGUUCGGUCGACUGUCAGCGAGCUGGUUUGUUCAGACACCCGAAACAGUGCAACAAGUUCUACGCGUGUAGAUGGGACUGCACCAAACAGAGGUUCACGCUUCAUGUGUUCAACUGUCCAGUGCAAUUGAGCUUCGACCCCAGCAUAGGCGCAUGUAACUGGCCCAGUCAGGGCCCCGCGUGCCAGGGAGACACACUCCUUACCAACGUUCUAUAAGUACCUUAACAUAGUUGCCAAUCUCGUCGUGCCAUCGAAAUUGUGAUAAAAAUGUGAUCACGAAUUUUCCAUAACUCUCUCCUCGAAACAGUUGGACGAUUUGUCUCUCUCUUGUUUAAGUUGCUUAUUUAUUUGUUCGGUUUUGUUAAUGUUAUUUCAUAGUUAUUUAUUGCAUAAUCAUUUUUCAGCUUGAAGCUUACUAAUGCUAAGCCUAGUGAAUUUUCAUUAUUGGAAUUAGAGUUACCAUUAUCUAGUUCAUGUUAUUGUAAAAU